UCCCGACUCCCGAGAACAUGAAACUUUUCCUUCUUAUUUUCUGUAUUCUGGCUUCACUUGUUUUCACAGAAGCUAUCCAAACAAUGGACCUAUGUCGUUCAAAUUGCAACACCUACAUUGACACUAAUUCGAAAAAAACUUGCAUUGAAAGAUGUGGUAUUGUUAAUUAAGUCUAACCUUGUUUCAUAAAUAAUUUCAAAAAAU